CCCGCAUCGUCUUUAGUUUCCUUCAGUCAGAAUCAUCAACUCAUUUUACCUUGAUUCAUCAAUCUAAAAUCAACAAGUUCAUUCAUUAAUUCUCUAACUAGCGCAGUCAUUAAUAAUUUUGUAAACUGGUCCUAUUCAUAAAAAACAACCCAAAAUAAAGUCCGAAUCUCACACAGAUAUAGUGAGGCGGAAUUUUGCUUUCAGCUUUCAUAGCAAAUCGCCAAAAAUUCAAAACCCUUCUUUUCCUUCUGUCCAGAUUCCAAAACCUCCCAUCUCUCUAAUAACCCUCCCCAAAACCUUUCAUGAACUAAAACCCCGAAGGAAGUUUUCGUUCUCGACGGAAAUCCCAAAAUGGUUAUGACCAGAAAACCUUCCUCUCUCCACUGCGUGUUUCUCUUCACUGUUAUCGCGCUCCUUCUUCGUCGUAUUUCAGCUGCGGACAACACAGACUUGGUCUUCAAGGGCUGUGCAGACCAGAAAUUUCAAGACCCGUCUGGGAUUUACUCGCAGAACCUCAAGUCCUUACUGGGCACUCUCGUCGCACAAUCUGCUCAAAAGGUUUUCGCCUCUACAACCUCCGGCAACGGCCAGAAUGCGAUCAUGGGUCUGUACCAAUGCAGAGGGGACCUCUCAAACUCCGACUGCUACAAAUGCGUGAGCAAGAUUCCCGAUAUGCUCGACAAGCUCUGUGGCCAGGUUGUGGCGGCGCGUGUCCAGCUCAAUGGGUGCUAUUUGCGGUACGAGAUCAUCGGGUUCAAGCAAGUCUCUGGGACUCAGUUGCUGUACAAGGUCUGUGGGUCGAUUCAGGCAAGUGGAAGCGGGUUCGCAGAGAGAAGAGACACAGCGUUUGGGAUGGUGGAAAAUGGAGUGAAAAGUGGAGGAAGCUUGUUUUACACUGGAAGCUACCAGUCUCUGUAUGCGUUGGGGCAGUGCGAAGGUGAUUUGUCUAGUGGUGAUUGUGGGGAUUGUGUGAAGAGUGCUGAGGACCAAGUUAAAUCUGUUUGUGGUGACUCAAUUUCUGCGAAAAUUUAUCUUCAAAAGUGCUUUAUCAGUUACAACUUUUAUCCCAAUGGAGUGCCUGGGAGUGGCGAGUCACCAUCUUCGUCCUCAGGAAUGGGGCAACACAAUACGCAGAGGACGGUGGCUCUUGCGGUGGGGUUUGCAGCUCUGGGAUUCUUAAUCGCUUGUUUGUUAUUUGUAAAAUCAGCGUUAAAGAAGCGAGGUGGUAAGCAUUGAUGCUGCGUAGUUUGAUUCUGUAUAUGCUGAUACUAUGAUACCUCACAGGUUUGGUUCAUAUUUAGUUUUAACAUGUUAAAGGAAUAUACUUUUGAUUGACCCUUCUGUAUAGUUACAUGACUGAAGGGGUUGGAAAGGAAUUUCUUAUUAUUCCUUCUGAAUUGGGUUAGGUUCAACUCGUGGAAUCAAUGAAGGAAGUGCUUUGUUAGGACAAAAGAUCAUUGAGUGAUGUGUGAUGGAUAGAUUUCUGUCCCCACUAACACAGACAUGGCUUUUAGUCAUGACUUGUCUUCCUCAUAGCUGUUGAGCAUUGGAUUAAAAACUGUUCUAGAUUUUUGGUCUUAAAUUUGGACAUGGAUUUUUGAAGUUCAA